CACCGCCACCAUCGUCUCUGUGCUCCGUCUUCUUCUUUUUCUUCUUUUCUUCAGUAACACCUCCGAAACCCAAAUUUCUCUGGUAGAUUGAGACCACAUUUAACCCCAAUUUACUACAAGCCUCAUAAACAGAUUCAAUCAUCAUCUAAACAAAGGAAGUUAGACUACUUCCCCACAAACCCUAGAAUUAUUGAUCUAUAAUUCGUUGAUGGGGUUUGAAAUUUGGGAUGUGAUUUUUAGUGGAUUUCGUUUGAUUGAUCUGUGGUAUUAGUGCUAACCACCCUAUGGAGCUUAUGGACUGGAUGGCCGUUGAAUCUUCCAGUAAUACGGAGCUGUCGAAAACGUUAUUUUUAUUGUUUUUACAAUCACUCUCUAUGGAGAAUAUAGAUCAUGCUGGCUUUACAAGACUUUUUGAGGUUUGCUUCCCAGUUCUGAAGCAGCAAUGGAGUGAAUUGGAGUCUACAGAUGCUAUCUCUGAGAAUGAGUUAACCGUGGAGGAGCUAGACAAAGAUUGCACGGAAUUUCUCAGUAGGAUUUUAAAUCCCCCUUUUAUGCCACUAAAUACAAAUCUCUUGAUUUGUAUAUUUUGGAGGCUAUUGAAAUCAAUUGUUUCUGCAGUAGCCAAAUCGGGUCAAGCUGAUAACAGAGAGUGGCUUCCUUCACUUCAUGAUUUGCUUCUGUUCAUUGGAACACCUCACUUGAAGCAUAUUUUACGGGGGAAGUUUUCUUUACUUUUGGUGAAACAUAACAUCUCUAUUGCCAGCAUCCUAUCCAAAUUUUUUACAGAUAGAGAUGUUUCUGUUGCUGAUCAAGUUCAAAGUCUUCAUUGCAUAACUGCUACUUGUUCUCAGUUGUCAGAGGAAAAGAACUUGGAAACAAGCUUGCAACUUCUUCUGAGUUUUCCUUCUGUUUUGGUUCCACUUUCUAGUGAAAACCAGAAAGCUUGCCGCUCUAAACUGAAAUCAGGCCUUUCGAGGCAACAUGAAAAUCUCUUGAUGGGAGAAAAAGGGAAGUACGAAAUUAAAAAGAAAAAAAAAAGGAUAUUCGAACAGCAGCACUGAUGUGCAUUGAGGCGCUCGACACACUGUGGGAGACGUGGAUAAGUUCGUUCACUUCAUAAGAAUUGAUGCCGUCUUAACUGGUAGCAACUGCACGCCAUCUCAGCUGAAACUUUUGCGGCUCAUAGUUCAACAAAAGAGUCAAAUAUUAUCACGCAGUGAUUUUGUUCCAUCAUUUUUAACAUCUGUACUCGGUCCUCCUGGC